UUUUCUGUGAAGAUCUACGUUCCAGCUUAUAUUUUGUCAAUGCAUCUGUGCAAGAGGUAGUGUUUGCCAGCACCACAGGGACAUCCGUGCCCUGUCCCGCUGCAGGCGUGCCCCCUGUCUCACUGCGCUGGUACCUGGCCACCGGCGAGGAGAUCUACGAUGUGCCAGGGAUCCGCCAUGUGCACCCCAAUGGCACCCUUCAGAUCUUCCACAUCCCCCCUUCCAGCUUCAGCAAACUCAUCCAUGACAGCACUUACUAUUGCACAGCGGAGAACCCCUCAGGGAGAAUCAGGAGCCAAGAUGUCCACAUCAAGGCUGUCUUACGAGAGCCGUACACUGUCCGGGUGGAGGACCAAAAAGCCAUGAGAGGCAAUGUGGCGGUCUUCAAGUGCAUUAUCCCUGCCUCAGUGGAGGCCUACAUCACUGUUGUGUCCUGGGAGAAAGACACAAUGUCAAUCAAUGCUGAAAUGUCUCGGUUUCUAAUUACCUCCACGGGAGCUCUGUAUAUCCUGGAUGUGCAGAUGGAAGAUGGGCUGUACAACUACAGGUGUAUGACACGACAUCGGUACACMGGAGAGACCCGACAGAGCAAUAGUGCCCGUCUCAUUGUUUCAGAUCCAACCAACUCAGCACCCCACAUCCUGGACAGCUUUGAGCGUCGCGAGGUGAUGGCGUCUCAUCGAGUGGAGCUGCCCUGCAAGGCCUCUGGCCACCCUGCACCCAAAUACCGCUGGCUAAAGGACAACCGGCCCCUGGAGCCAGACACGCGCUUCAGACAGAGCGUGACUGGUCUGCUGAUAGAAAGAGCCCAGCCCAGRGACACGGGGACAUACGUGUGUGAAGUGUGGAAUGGUUACGGAAAUGCUGAGGUGGUUGGCAGGCUGCUGGUAAAAGAACCUCUGAAGGUGACGGUGAGUCCACGGAAGGUGAAGGGCAGCGUUGGAAGCCAGGUGUCACUGACCUGUGGUGUAACUGGCUCUGAGGAGUACCAGCUAUCUUGGUACCGCAACGGAGAGCUCAUCUACCCCAGUAACAGUGUGCGCAUGACGGGCCAAAGCAGAGAAAACCUGGUCAUGGCUGGCAUGGCCAAAAGCGAUGGAGGGGCCUACCAGUGCUURGCCAGACAUGGCAAGAUGUCCGCCCAGGACUUUGUUCAAGUCAUACUUGAAGAUGGCACCCCAAAGAUUCUGGAAUCYUUCAGCGAGAAGGUCUACAGCGACAAGGAGUUUGUCUCUCUGUCGUGCACGGUGAAGGGCACGCCAGAGCCUCGGGUCACAUGGACUCUGGACGAUGAAGCUGUGAUACGGGACGACCGGCACCGCGUCUCCUACUACACCAACACUGAAGGCCACGUGGUCAGCCACCUCAACAUCACCCAGACCCAGGUCACUGAUGGAGGCGUGUACCGGUGCAUCUGCAACAACUCAGCCGGGACAGUUUCUUACCAGGCGCGAAUAAACGUAAGAGGGCCUGCCAGCAUCAGACCAAUGAAAAACCUCACUGCCAUUGCUGGGCGGGACAUGUACAUCCACUGCCGUGUCAUUGGAUACCCCUACUAUUCCAUCAAGUGGUACAAGGARGACAAUCUGCUGCCAUACAACCACCGCCAGCGGGCCUUUGAGAACAACGGCACCCUGAAACUGUUCGACGUGCAGAAGGAUGUGGAUGAAGGAGAGUACAAGUGUCACGUGUUGGUGCAGCCCCAGCUGUCCACUCAGGAGGGCGUCUAUGUGACAGUMAAAGUCCCACCCACCAUCCACCCCUUUGAGUUUCCCCGUUUUUCCAUUGGCCAGCGAGUCUUCAUACCGUGCGUGGUCAUGUCAGGCGACCAGCCCGUCUUCAUCACCUGGCAGAAGGACCGCCGACCCAUCCCAGCCAGCCUGGGGGUCACCAUAGACAACAUAGACUUCACCAGCUCUCUGCGUAUCUCCAACCUGACGCUGGCACACAACGGAAACUACACCUGCAUCGCACGCAACCAGGCUGCUGCUGUGGAGCACCAGAGUCAGCUGAUCGUCCGAGGUUCUGGAGUCCCUCAGUUCAAACCCAUCGCUCUGAACUCGGGCUUUAGGAUUGAGGUUCUGGUAAACGGCUCGCUCCUCAUCAAACAUGUGCUGGAAGAAGACAGUGGUUUCUACCUUUGUAGAGUCAGCAACGACGUCGGGGCRGACGUCAGCAAGUCCAUGUACCUGAACGUCAAAAAUCAUGCCYACAGUGAGGGAGGAUUCAGGCUUUUUCUCCUGCCACGCCAUCAACUCGUUUGGUGAAGACAGAGGAAUCAUCCAGCUCACGGUGCAAGCCGCCCAAGAAGCACCUGCAGAACGGGGCCAUCCGAGGCUACCAGGUGGGCUACAGGGAGUACAGCUCCGGUGGGAACUACCAGUUCAGCGUGAUCAGCCUGGAGACGACAGGAGACAACGCAGAGAGCCUGGUGCUGGACAACCUGAAGAAGUUCACACAGUAUGGAGUGGUGGUCCAGGCCAGCAACAGCGCAGGGACGGGACCGUCCUCCACAGAGGUGGACUCCACCACGCUGGAGGACGUGCCGAGUCGUCCUCCUGAAAACGUCCAGGCUGUGGCCACGUCUCCAGAGGUGAUCUCUCUGUCCUGGCUGACUCCUCCCAAAGACGCUCUGAACGGGAACCUGCUGGGUUUCAGGGUCAUCUACUGGGCCAACCUGCCUGACGGAGGUGAGCAGUGAAUUUGAGGCGGCCCCAGAUGUGUUCUUUUACCGCAUCCCCAACCUGAGCCGGAACAGGCAGUACAGCAUCUGGGUGGUGGCCGUCACUGCUGCAGGCCGAGGAAACGCCAGCGAGAUCAUCACUGUCAAACCCAUGGCUGAUGCUCCGGCUCGAAUUCUGACGUUCAACAGGACAGUAACGACCCCCUGGAUGAGGGACAUUGUGCUUCCUUGUAAAGCUGUUGGAGAUCCGUCCCCCAGCAUCAAGUGGUUGAAGGACAUUAAUGGAACCCCUGCACCAGUUGUGAUUGACAGCCGGCGCAGCGUGCAUGGAAAUGGUAGUCUUGUAAUCCGCACCGUGAAAGCAGAGGAUUCUGGGAACUACACUUGUGUGGCCAGUAACAACUUUGGUUUGGAUAAAAUYGUUCUCAAUCUGCAGGUUCAAGUUCCUCCAGACCAGCCUCGUCUGACCGUGACGAAGACAACCACAACCUCCAUCACCCUUUCCUGGAUCCCAGGAGACAACGGAGGCAGCUCCAUACGAGGCUACAUCCUGCAGUACUCUGAAGAUAACAGUGAGCAGUGGGGGAAUUUUGCCAUCAGUCCCAGUGAGCGCGCCUAUCGGCUGGAAAACCUCAAAUGCGGUACCUGGUACAAGUUCACCCUCACAGCCCAGAACGCAGUGGGUCCUGGACGUAUCAGUGAAAUCAUCGAGGCAAAGACUCAUGGGAAAGAACCUCAGUACUCUAAAGAACAAGAACUCUUCACCAGCAUCAACGCCACUCGGGUCAAACUCAACCUGAACGGUUGGAACAACGGUGGCUGUCCCAUCACCUCCUUCACCUUGGAGUAUCGUCCAGUCGACUCACCCACCUGGACCACAGCACAGCGCACCUCCCUCACCAAAAGCUGCGUCCUCUACGACCUGCAGGAGGCCACCUGGUACGAGCUGCAGAUGAAAGUCUACAACAGCGCUGGCUACGCUGAGAAGAGGCUCAAGUUUGCAACUCUAAGCUAUGAUGGCAGUACUAUCGCUCCUUUGGUGAAAGCACCCAACGUGAGCGAGAACAACUCCAGCGGCGGUGAAGGAAUGAAGAUGAUGGUGACCAUUUCCUGUGUGUUGGUGGGAAUCGUUGUUAUCUUCAUCGGACUGCUGGUGCUGAGGAGGCGGAGGAGAGAACAGAGGCUCAAAAGACUGAGAGAUGCUAAAAGUUUGGCUGAGAUGCUGAUGAGUAAAAACACACGUCCAGCUGAACCAAUCAACAAACAACAACAAACGCUGCGCAUGCACAUUGACAUCCCCAGAGCCCAGCUGCUCAUCGAGGAGCGGGACACCAUGGAGACCGUCGAUGACAGAUCCACUGUGUUACUGACCGACAAUGACUUCGGGGAGACGCAGAAACAGAAGUCGUCCACAGUCACCCACACUGUCCACUACCAGUCCCUGUCCCAGGCCACUGGUCCUCUGGUAGAUGUGUCAGAUGCCAGACCAGGAACCAACCCCACUGCCCGCCGCACAGCCAAAGCUGGACCAGCUGCCCGCAACCGCUACGCCAGCCAGUGGACCCUGAACCGGCCCCAYCCCCCUGUCUCCUCCCACACUCUCAACACAGACUGGAGGCUGGCCACGCCCAGGGUCACCGGUUCUGUUGACAAGGAGAGUGACAGCUACAGCGUCAGCCCAUCUCAGGACACAGACCGAGCCCGCAGCAGCAUGGUGUCGACAGAGAGCGCUUCCUCCACCUACGAGGAGCUGGCCAGGGCCUACGAGCACGCCAAAAUGGAGGAGCAGCUGCGCCACGCCAAGUUCACCAUCACAGAGUGCUUCAUCUCCGACACCUCCUCAGAGCAGAUGACAGCAGGCACCAACGACUACACCGACAGCCUGACUUCCAGCACGCCGUCAGAAUCAGGCAUCUGCCGCUUCACYGCUUCCCCACCCAAGCCUCAGGACGUCAGCCGGGUCAUGAACAUGGCCGUGCCCAAAGCCCACAGACCGGGAGGCGAGCUGGUUCACCUUCCUCCGUACCUGCGCAUGGACUUCCUGUUGAACCGAGGCAUGUCCUGCUCAGCUUCGUCCAGGGGGACAGCUAGUGGGGAGAGAGCAGCCAUGGGGCAGGCGUGUCUCGAGCCCCAGAAGAGUCGCUCACUAAAGCGGCCCUCUCGCAUGGCACCCCCAACGCCCACAGAGGCCCCUCAGGCCAGCAGGGACCCAGCAGCUCAGUGGCAGCCCGGCUCCGCUGCCACGCUCCCCCACAGAGAGGGCUCAGAGCUGGCCCAAGCUGCCAAGCUCAGYACCUCACAGGAGUCCCUGCUGGACUCCAGAGGACAUCUCAAACAGAGCAGCAACCCCUACGCAAAGUCCUACACACUGGUAUAACAGCAGGAGGACUUGGGGUCAAGGACCGGGGGCGGGACUAGAACUCACUCUAACACUGGACUUAACACUCAAGUGCAGUAAAGUGACUCUCACCACGCAGUUCUGUAUAUAUGUGCCCUCCGUUCAGGGGCGGGCUCACUUUUACUAAUCUUAUUUUCUUUUCUUUUAGAUGUUUCUUUUUCAUCUUUGUAUUUUUUUUUUGUUUGUUUCACUUUGGGAAAAAAUCUCAGUCAUCAGGAAUGCCUCCAGCUGGAGCUUUGCCAAACUGAGUAAGAAGAAAGCGUUAUUUAUUCUUGGUCAUUUGAUAUUAUUAAUCAGUGAUAAYUAAUUGUUACUUGUCAGCUAUAAACAAUAUUUAAUUACAGAGUAUCAAAUGAUCUGUUUUCAUCAUUAUGUUUUCUUAAGAACCUGGACAUUGUUUCUGAUUUUUUAGUUUCCUGCUGUCAAAAAUGACCAUUUGGAGUCAUUUUUUUCCUAUGGAAUAUCCUCCUGAAACACUGAAUGAAACCUCAGGAGAAUCUUGGAAUGAAAGCAAUUGACACCUGUCCAAACUUUUCAGCUGCUCUCAAAUUGUUACUUUUUUGAGAAUUUAAAAAAAUCAUUUUCCUAUGGAUGCAUGGGGACUGACCAUCUGAAGACGACGAGGAUUCCGGUCAUGGCUGGACAAUCCAGUCAAGCAUUUUGUCACACUAUGAAAUGAUCCAAUGUGAAGAUUUAUUAUUCUUAUUACUAUAAAUAUAUAUAUAAAAAGAGAAAUCACUUUUAUUUGUGGAUAUUACAGGGAAGAAUUGAUUUGGUUAAUAAAGUCCUUAGUCAUGUUUGCA